AACCACACCCACCAAAAAAACCACGCCUAUUGAAUAAUGUUUAAGAAAUUUUCUCAUUUGGAAGACGUGACAGGCCAGAAUCAGGCCAAGUCCUCAGUGGUCCGUGGCAUAAGGAGCAAAGUCAUUGAGCAGUAUCCUAGCAUUGAGCAACACAUUGACGACAUCUUGCCAAAGAAAGAACCCGUCACCGUCAUCAAAUGCCGGGAUCACAUUGAAUUAGUCUCAGUCCAGACCGAUUUAUUGUUCUUCAAGCAAAGAGAUGGACCGUAUAUUCCAACGCUGAGACUCUUACAUAAAUAUCCGUUUAUGUUGCCAUGGCUACAGGUCGACAGAGGUGCAAUUAAAUUUAUUCUGAGCGGCGCUAACAUUAUGUGCCCUGGCUUGACGUCACAAGGUGCUAAAAUGGAAACUGACCUACCUGAAGAUACUAUUGUAGCUAUAAUGGCUGAGGGUAAAGAGCAUUCUUUAUGCAUUGGGCUAACAAAGAUGACUACUGAAAAUAUACGACUUGUCAAUAAAGGUAUUGCAGUUGAAAGCAUUCACUAUCUUUGCGAUGGACUUUGGGACAUGAAAGAAGCUAAAAGAUGAAUUUUACUAAGUCAUUAGCAAUGCAUUGUUCAAUAUGUUUUAAUGAUUAAUUAAAGAAAAAUAAUACCAAGUUUGUAAUGCACCAUAGCUGUUGCAUUGCCUGCAUUCAACAAUUAAAAAUAUUCUUUAAAAACUUUAUCAUCAAAAAUGUUUCUACUCAAAACUCUUAUAAUAAUACUAAGCAUACAAAGACACUGGCUAUGACUACUAAAAAGUAAAAAAGAGUGUCCUAUCAACAAUGUUCCUUUUUUUGCAGGAGGCUGAAGGUUCCGAUCUUUAACGGGUGCA